CUUCAGGCGCUACAUCAGGCAUAAGACCUCGCCAAGAUCCGGUCCUGCUCCGGAUUUUCUGUUAAAACAUUCUUUUCUAAUCAGCACCGUACAGUUGCCGGAACACUCCCUUAAUGCUGAAAGUUUUCUGUACCACGUAUUAGUGCCAUAUCAUUGCCGGAGCAUGUCCUUAAAAAAUGCAACAUAACCUGUGUAACAUAGCAUAGUACUGUGAGUAAGUGCAUCAGCUAAAUAAAUAUUGUUAAUAUUAAAAGUAUAUUUGAUAAUAGAGGAAAUACGGACAUUCAUUAUGUAUAGAGUUGCACAGAGCAGGAAACUAAGAAAUCGUAACUAUCAUACAAAAAGAAAAGUCGAUGAAAAGCCGAAUGACGAUCGGAAAAUGAUGCGUUUACAAACUGAAUGUGAAGAAGAAAUGUUCUCUGUUCAAACGCAAGUAAGUGCGGAGUUGCUGGAAAAUAAAGAAUUACAUCAUGAUGCUGUAACAGAUAUUACAGCAAUGAAUCAGUACUCGCUUGAAUGUAACUCAGAAAAAAAGUUUGAUGAACUUUCCUCUGAUGAUGAUUCAGAUUCAGAUUCUAAUUGCAGUGAAUAUGACUUAAACAGUGUUAGUGAGUGCUCCAGUAAAAUUAUUCAUGGCGGUGUAAUAAAGUCAACAACUCUGAAAGAGGAUUUAAUCAUAUGGUCUAAAGAGAUUCUGCUUCCUUAUAAUCAUUUAGAUAAACUUUUGAAAAUACUAAAUCCAUAUCAUCCGGAGCUGCCACUCUGCUCCAAAACAUUGUUUAAUACGAUUUCUCAUCAAACUUAUAAAAUUCGUAAGUUUGAUCCCAAUAGCAGUACUAAUAAAUCUGAGUACGUCUAUUUUGGAAUUGGUCAUCAGUUACAGCGUAUUGUGAAUCCUGAAUUACACAAAGACAAUAUUUUAAAGCUCCAAUUUCAUGUGGAUGGUUUGCCACUUUUCAAUUCCAGCUCAAAAGAAUUUUGGCCAAUUUUGGGAAAAGUUUACGAAGAAAAAAAUUUGUAUCAACCUUUUGAAAUUGCAGUACACUGUGGUAUAGGCAAACCAAGUUCUGCAGACCUGUUCCUGCAAGAUUUUAUCACUGAAUUGAAUGAUCUUCUGAAGGAUAGAAUUAAAAUUCUUGAACGAAAUUUUGAUAUUGAAGUUAUGUGCUUCAUAUGUGACAGACCUGCUCGAGCAUUUGUUAAGCGUAUAAAAGGCCAUACAGGCUAUUAUGCUUGUGAGCGUUGUACCGUUUCUGGAUGUAGAGAAAACAAUAAAAUAGUUUUUCCAGUAGAUUAAUGUUGUAAAUUAAGAACAAACCAGUCAUUUCGAGACCAAAAAAACAGGGAUCAUCAUCAUGAAGUGUCACCAUUAACAGAGAUUGAACCUGCAAUUGAUAUGAUAAAUAGUUUUACGUUAGAUUUCAUGCACCUUGGUUGCUUAGGUGUCAUGAAAAGAUUACUAACAGAAUAUUGGACGAAGUUAUCAACCAAAAUCCUAAAUAGAGAGCAGGUACUCAGAAUUUCACAGCGAAUGAUGAAUUUGUCGAGCCAAAUUCCAGUCGAAUUUCAGCGAACUACAAGGUCCUUAGGGGAACUUGGAAAGUGGAAAGCAACAAAAUAUCGUCUUUUUUUGUUAUAUUGUGGUAUGUUUGUUUUAAAGGAUGUGCUUCCCAGUACAUAUUAUAAACAUUUUUUAUUGCUGAGUAUAGCAUGUCGAAUACUUAGCUGCAAGAAUUUAUACAAAGAACAUUUGGAUAAUGCAGAUAUUUAUUUCAAGAAAUUCACCACGUUAGCAAGAACUUCUCAACUGUAUGGAACAGAUGCUUUAGUCCUGAACAUGCACUGUUUAACACAUUUAGCUGAUGAUGUUAGACAUUUCGACUGUCCCCUAACAGAUGUUUCAGCUUUUUCUUUUGAGAAUUCAUUAGGAAAAAUGAAGAAGUAUUUGAAAUCUGGUAAUAGACCUUUAUCUCAAUUAUGUCGCAGAUUGGAAGAGGAUUACAAAUUUCAAGAAAAACAACCAAGUGGUCUUACUAAAUUCAAUAUCACAACAUCAAAAAAAAUUGUCAAAAAGGAUGAUGACGACAAGUCUGUGCACAUUAAAAAAAUUGAAUUUUCUAAUUUAUAAUAACUACAAAAUCGCCAAACAACGCAGUGUUAUUGAAUAAUAAUAAUAUAGUACUUAUUUCUAGUAUCACUUGCAGUGAUAUGUCUGACGCUGUUAACAAUCUUACUUUGAAAGGAAAAAAGCUGACAGUUAUCGGCCCAGGAUUAGAAUAUCCCUCAAAUUCAACUAUUUUGAAUAUAUAUAAAGUAGUCAUGAAGAAAAGUGCAGUCACAGUCGAAGAUAAAGUUAGUAAUAUUAAAUGCAAAAUGAUUCUGCUUAAAAUUUUUGAAUUAGCUGAAGAAAUAGGGGAAUUAUACACAAUACCAAUUUUGCAUAUGAAUUAAUAUAUUCAUAAGAAUUCAGUGUGUGGGGAAAAAGUGUAAUUAUUUAUUCAUACAAGGCAGUCAAUCAGGACCGUAUCCAAUUCCUGCCGUAAUUCCGGACCGGGCUCUGUAUGCGCGCGCGGCUUUAGACUCCUACAACUCACGUACAACAUUCAGCGGUAUGUUCGAAAAGGAGACGCUACGGCAAACUCGAUUUUCUAUUACCGAAUGCAUCUUUGCAUUAACUGUCGAUCAUUUCUUGGACGCAAUUACAACGUUUCGGAAAUUUUAUUAGAUUACGACACACAUCACUCGGUCUCAGGAUUUGUACAUACUUAUGGCUGAAGAAGUGCAUAAUCCUGAACCUCUGUAUGCAGUAGUGGACAUUUUCAGAGGGAAUGGUUUCACGCAUAAUACAAGAGUAGCAGUUCCUUGGAGAUACGUGCACAAAGAAGAGAAUGGUAAUAAUUUGUUUGUUAAAUUCAUGGAUCAACCAUUAUCAAAAGAGGAUAGAUGCUUAUUAGGUGAUUUUCUAAAACAACUUCAUGUUGAUCCCCCUGAAAGCUGGCCAUUCUUUCAAUGCAAAAUAAUCAAUACGUUUGAUUCGCACAAAGCAGCAUUGGAUUUCUUAAAGACUAAGCCAUUAUUGCAGAAGACAAUACUCAAACCUAACAAAAAAGUGGACAACACAACCAAGGAAAAUGCGAUUGAGAAUGUGGCAAGUGACAAUGCAAGCAUGGGGGGGGGGGGAUAAGUAAACAAGCAGACAAGCCAAUGGCAAAUUACGACAUAGAUCAAAUUCUUGAUCAAGUACCACCCUUAAAACUAAAUCCAGAAUCAAUUUCAUCUCCGGUUUUCGACAAUCACAAUAAUAAUAUUGCUGCUGAAAAUGAAACUGCAAGUUUGAUCGCAGAAAAAGGGGUUUUGGAGAUAGCACCUGCAGCGGAAGAAGUAUUAGUAGACAAUCCAGCUACAGAAGUGCUAUCAAUGUUCACUACUAAAGAAGAUAUUCAGAACCUUUUACAGUCUAUCAUUGAUCAUUUUGAUAAGCAAAAUUCAAAAUUAUUGGAAGUUUUUAAGCAGAAAUUUGAAGCUUUAGACACUAAAUUGAAAGGAAUCGAUGUGAAAUUAAUCAAUAUGCAAAAAGACAUCGAUGAACUGAAGACAUGGACUGUCAAUAACAGACCCUUCGCUGCUGAUGAUAGCAUAAUGCCAUUAGCAACCCUAGCUGAAAAGCAUAAAUUGAAUCUGCCCUUGAAAGUGCUGCAAGAUUUUGAUGAGUUUAAUCUCAAACUUACUCUUGAAAGCGAGUUGUACAAAGAUUUAAAAGCUCAACUUAUAUGCACUGUUAAUGCAGAUAAUAAGGAAUUUCUGGAUGAAUUAACAAAAUUAUUGAAAAAACUUUUGUCCAGGGAAAUACUUACGUCUCACACAGCACAAAGAUUAAGUAGUACAAAGAAACCUAUUUUUAAGUCAACUAAUUUUUAUAUAUGUUUGAAAGAUUCACUUAUGCAUGUGUAUUCGGGAAAAAAAGUUAUAGAAGAUGAGGUGUUAUGUAAAAUAAUUGGGGCUAUCAUUAAUAAUGCCUACGAUUGGGAAGGUCAUAGGCAUAAAAGGCAAAGACUAAACAAUUAAGUUUUUUUAAAAAGUUUUGUAUUUCUGUAACAAAGUUUUGUAUAAGUUGUCCUUAUUUCAAUCGAAAAUUUGUAUUUUACAUAAUAUAAGAAAAAUAAAUAAAUAAAAUGUUUAAUGCAA